AUGGAAGUCAACAAUGAGAGUUAUGGGACAGACUUCAUCCUUCUGGGGUUUUCUGAUCAGCCUCAAUUAGAGCAAAUCAUCUCUGUGAUUGUCCUCAUCUCCUACCUGGUGACUCUGGUGGGAAAUUCAACCAUCAUCCUGGUGUCAUACCUGGACACCCAGCUCCACACUCCCAUGUAUUUCUUCCUUGCCAACCUGUCCCUCUUAGAUCUCUGUUAUACAACCAGCAUUGUCCCCCAGAUGCUGGCCAAUCUUUGGGGUCCCAAAAAGUCCAUUACAUAUGGUGGUUGUGUGCUCCAGUUCUUUUUUGCUCUGGACCUGGGAGCCACUGAAUGUCUCCUGCUGGCCGUGAUGGCCUAUGACCGCUAUGCUGCUGUCUGCCAACCUCUUCACUACACGGUCAUCAUGAACCCUCAGCUCUGCCACAGGAUGAUGCUGAUCACCUGGUUAGGUACUUUUGGGGGUGCCAUAAUUGUUUGUUUCUUGACUUUGAGGUUGCCAAGAUGUGGGCACCGAGAGGUGGAUAAUUUUUUCUGUGAGAUGCCAGCACUGAUCAAGAUGGCUUGUGCUUCUUCAAAAGUUGUUGAGACUGUUGUCUUUUCUCUUGGAGUGGUAUAUCUUCUAGUGCCAUUAUCACUCAUCCUCAUCUCCUACGGGGUGAUCACUCGAGCUGUGAUGAGGAUCAAGUCAGCAUCGCGAUGGAGAAAAAUCCUCAAUACCUGUGGCUCCCACCUGACCGUGGUGACCCUCUUUUAUGGAACAGUCAUUGCCAUGUAUAUGAAACCUCAAAGUAAUCGCGCAUCCCAAGAAGAGGGAAAGUUCCUCACUCUCUUCUAUACCAUCAUCACACCCAGCCUUAACCCUCUAAUCUACACAUUAAGAAACAAAGACGUGAAGAGUGCAGUAAAAAGACUAUUGUUUGUAAAGAAAUUUUCUAUACAGACAUGA